ACGCAACUUACGCAAUUUAAAGGAAGCUACAGAAAUAACAGGCAGUUAGAAUAAAGUGCUUUAAAUAAUACUAUAGCUAGUGAGAUAUGAACACUCUGAUAUUGAUUGCAAUCCUCUUUGUUGCUUCUAAAGCUGUUCAAGGCUGCAUCAAUGGAAAGGUACAGAUACGAGAUGAUGGUAGAGUCAAUGUUUGCUCUGAUCAAGAAUGGAAAACUGUGUGUGAGAAAGGCUACCAAUGGCGUGCUUAUCAAGCUAACAUUGCUUGCAGACUGCUGGGCUACAAUAAUAAUGGGGCAAGUGUGGAACGAUCAUGCUUUGUCUCAACCGGUCUGAAUUACAUUGAUGUUAGUAAGUGUAGUGGAACAGAGAAUACGUUUGAAGAAUGUGGAAUCAACCAAAGAGAUUUUGAUACUUGCAGAGGUGGCUGCAGUGGUACCGAGAAAAGUCAUCCUGAAAUAAUGUGUCUAUUAGCCGACUGCACUAACGGGACCAUAAGACUGGUGGAUGGGUCCAGCGUGAGAGAGGGACGAGUGGAGGUGUGUGUGGGCGGUCGCUGGGGAGCUGUUCAAACAAACAAUUCCCAACUGGUUGAAUUUGUUUGCUCUACACUGGGUUUCCCAACUGAAGGUUCAGAAGCAGUCACUACUUUUGGCAAUGGAACAGCUCCAACAAGAAGCUGUGUAAUAAUGAAUAGUGUCCUCCACUGUGUGGAUAUUGCAGACCAGUCUGUUGAUGAUUCCAUGGAUCUUGGUGUUGUGUGCAAGACAUACCAAGAUGUUAUCAGCUCAGUUAUUAAAAUAACAAUAGAACAAGCCCUUCAGACGUGUCCUGAACCAACCACAAUCACACUAGCUGAUGAAGUACAAAGCUGUGACAAUGCUGGUAGCCCUAUUGCAGCCUUGGGAGGAGUGAUUGGUCUUCUGGUGGUUGCACUCCUGGGACUUGCUAUUGGAUUGACUGUAACUUGCUGUGUAUUGGAGAAACGCAGGUCACAGAAACAGCAAGCUGAGUACAAUACUUCUCAAGUGCAAGAGCUCUCAACAAUUCAACGACAACUGAACAACCCAGUAUACAAUACAAGCAUGGAAGUACACAGUGCAUACAGCUCCAGUGGACCCACCUACGAACAAGUUGCCAAUGGCAAUGAACAAGACCACACCUACUCAAUACUUGAGCGCGAUAAGAACACGAAUCGUCGCUCAAAUCAGCUCAAUCCUAUAGACGAGGAGCAGAACUACCAUGUGGUGGAGAGUGGAAGGUGUGAGGGUGUGGAGGGAGCGGGCUGUGACGGUGUGUACAGUGAGGCUAGUAACUACGAAGUGCCAAUGUCAAGCAAAACGGACAGCAAGGUGUGGCUGUGUGAAGAGGAUUACUCCACACUCAAGCAUUGAGAAAACUGAAUAUUGUGCAUGUAUUAUAUUUUAUACUGCAUCAUGUGACUGUCUUAUAGAGACCUUGCAAUUUGUGUGUGUCUGUUUGUUCAUUAGUAAAAUCAGUGUUUUAGUUAGAUAUUAGUGACUCAGAAUUUCUAUUCUCUCCUUUGAUUAUACUUUAUCACAGUCUCAAGGAUGUGAGGUAACUACUAAUGUGAGUUGUGGUUCAGGUGAUGUAAUGUGUGUCCAAAUAAAUCUGAUUGGUUCUGA